UGCGCAUGCGCAGUGAAGCGUCAGCAGUAUUAAAGCCUCUGAAGUCCUGUAAAGGGCUGCGGAAGAGGAGAGAAGGAGGAAAGAAAGAGUAGAAAAGGUUUAUUUUUCACCGAGUGUUUGUUGGUGAAGGAGUGAGGGAGUGAAGGAGUGAAGGAGGAUGACUAACGGCUCGAGCAAGAGGAAAGAAGAGGUUCAUGUGGCUAACGGAGGGCUGAAGCAGUCCACAUGGAGCAAAGCGCUGAGCAGCAGAGCGGUGUGGGAGGACAAGGAUGAGUUUUUAGACGUGGUGUACUGGUUCAGACAGAUCAUCGCCAUCAUCCUGGGAGUGAUCUGGGGCAUCGUUCCGCUCAAGGGCUUCCUGGGAAUCGCCAUCUUCUGCAUCGUGAACGCCGGCGUCCUGUACGUUUACUUCAGCAGCUUCCAGCAGGUGGAUGAGGAGGAGUACGGAGGAACGUGGGAGCUCACCAAAGAAGGCUUCAUGACCUCUUUCGCUUUAUUCCUGGUGGUGUGGAUAAUCUUCUACACAGCGCUGCAUUAUGACUGAGGUCCGGUGGAGAACCUGCUCUAAAGCAGCGUAGUACACUCGGCUGUACAGUGGGGUCCUGGGACGGGCUGCACACGGCCGGCACUGGGCUUUACACACGUCACCAGCAGCGACCGGAGCCCCCCGACCCAGGUGCAUCAUGGGUACUCUGCUCUGAACCACUUCCUGAUCGGCGGCUCAUCCAGUUUUAAGCUAACGCCCGUCCAGUGCACUGCCAUGUGUUCUGAUUCAACGCUAUUCUCUCUCUCUCUCUCUCUCUUUUUUUUUUUUUUUUUUUUUCUCCUCUUUCUAUGAAUGACUUUGUAUUUAGUUUGUAAUUUAAAUUUAUUUCCCAUUACUCUAGUCUUACCUGUUAGGUCUUGAUAAUUUAAAAACAAGUGUAAAUUAUGUAUAGUUUCCAUUUUAAAGCUUGGAGAUCAUGUGUGUGUUCGCUGUUCUGUCUCGCGUGAUGAGAUUUCUCGUACGUCUCAGUAUUUUAGAGAGGAAUUUAUACGAAUGCGGACGAAGCCGUCGAGGUUUUAGUGCUGAUAUGCACAAGGUGUUACGUUCAGGUCACGUUUUUCUCUGACGAGUCGCAUUAAUGCAUUAAAAACUGCAUUUUCUUUUUUUUUUUUUUUUUUUUUUUUUUCCGCCUCUGAUAUUCCAACAAUUUGAUGAAGACCGAGAUUAAUCCGAUACUCGAAGGGUAUUAACGUGGAGCGCAUGAAACAAUUAGAGAUACUUUUUAGUAAAAAAAAAAAAAAUAUAGGUAUUUAACAUUUUCCUUCUUUAAAACACUGAUUGUUUUCCGGUGCAUGUUUUUCUCUCAUUUCAUUUUACAUCAUUUCUACAGUUCAGCCGGAAAAUCGAACCGUUUCCACUUUUUCUUACACGUCUUUAAAUUCUUUUGAGUUUGUUAUGAUGUAAUAAAACUGUAAUUCACCCGUAAAA